CCCAGAAAAAAAGAAAAAAGUAGGUGGAAAAAAAAAACGUAAACACGCACCUCUUCAUUCAUCACUCUUUCGUUUCUUCACCCUUCUCUUCUCUGUUUGUGUUUUUUCUCUCAUCUCUCUCACUCACAAUCCGAUUCCAAUAUCCUAGAUACCCGCUUCUCUCAAUCCAAAUCCAAAUUUAAAUCGAGAAACUAAGUAGGUAAAUCGAACGGAGUUUGUUGCAUUCUUCCAAUUUUGGGCUGAGCCAUGGCCGGAAAACAGGUCAGCGGCGACGGUUUAUCGGUGAACCUUGCCGGAAUGUCGAAGAAUCAGCUCUAUGAUAUCAUAUCUCAGAUGAAGAAUUUGAUCGAACAGAACAAGCAACAAGCUAGACAAAUCCUCAUCCAAAACCCUAUGCUGACAAAAGCACUUUUCCAGGCACAAAUCAUGCUUGGAAUGGUGCAGUCACCACAAGCGGUUCCAAAAGUUCAGCCAGUGGGUCAGCAGACAAUACAGCCAAGCAUUCAGCCAGCUCCAUUAUUGCCUGGUCAAGGUGGCACGCAGGAUCAAGCAGGUGUAUCUAAAACUCAUAUUCCUCCGAGGAAACCCCAAAAUCAGCAUCCUGUUCCAGUUUCAUAUGCCGGUUUUCCUGCAACGAGUCAUCAAUCUCAUCCCGUGGCUGCACAUUCUUUGCCAAUGCCACAACAGCCUAAAGGACAUCCUACUCCCCAAGUGGCUCCGCCAUCUGUUCAACAAUCAUCACAACUUCCAAAUAUAUCUCCACCCUCUGUUCAUUCAUCUUCACAGCCACUUCAUCCGACACAAAUGCCAAUGGCCUCGAAUCAGGUGCAGCAACCAUUGCAGGCACCUGGAUUUCCACACAUGCCUCUGCAACCGCCACCUCAACUCAGACCACCUUCAGUGCAAACCUUCCACCCGCAAUAUCCCCCUCAAAUGGGUGGUAAUUUAGGUUUUCAACAUGCUGGGGCUUCCCACAAUCUUCCGCAAUCCAUGUUUCAUCCAGGUACAAAACCUCCUUCUAGUGUUGGAUCUACAUUCCCACUAGGGCAGACACCACUACCAGGUCAACAAUCGUCUCAGUCACCAUAUCAGGUUGGAAAUAUGCCAUUUGGAUCUGAUUUUGGCAAUCAAGCUGGAAAUGCAAUGCAAGUUGAUAGAGGGUCUUCUUGGAUGCCUGGUCCCUCAGAAAAUCUGGCACAGCAUGCUGGUCCUCCGGUACUACCAUCCGUGGUUUCCGGUCAGAUGGGUGCUGCUAAUCAGCCUCUUAGGCCUCCUGCGUUGACACCAGAAAUGGAGAAGGCACUGCUUCAGCAGGUCAUGAGUCUCACACCGGAGCAGAUAAAUCUUCUGCCUCCGGAACAAAGAAAUCAAGUGCUACAACUGCAACUGAUGUUGCGUAAAUGAUGCAAUAUGUAAACACAUUGUGGAAGUCCCAAUCCUUUCAAUGUGGCAUAUAUUCUUAUACUGUCGAUGUUCAAAGUGUUUGGCUGUAGUGAAUUUUUGUAGGUGAUAUAAAAAAUCGUGUAACAAAUAAGAACCAUAAUAUUCUUUUGUGGAUGUUGACUCCAAACAUUCUUAUUUCUUUCUAUUUUUUAAUUGGUGUGGGCUCCCACUUGAGGAGGGACCCACCUAACAAUACUUGUACUAGGAACUAACAUGAUACAAAUAGUCACGUGUCCAUUAUAUUUCCUUUUUCCA